AUGGUGGUAUCUCCUACAGGGGCAGCGCCAACGGCAGCUUCUCGAUAUGGCAGUCGUGAAAGCAAGGAGGCCUUGGCUGAACUCAAAACGAAGCUGGACUUUGCUCUCAGUCGCCUCAAUGAUCAGGACACGCAGCGGGCCGGUAUCGAAGAGAUCAGAGAGUUUCUUCAAACCCUUUACCCUGAUUGGUUUCCAAUGGUCAUCACUUCAAUCGGAGAGGCUGGCACAAAUUUGAAGCCGCUGGGUCGCUGCGAGAGUGUAAAGCUGCUGGGCCUCCUGGCGGAGCUCCAUGGAGACGGUGUCAUACCUCUCCUGCAGCGCAUGCUUCAGGUUGUCCUGACUCGGUUGCAGGACGCGGACCUUCAUCUGCGGGAAGCCUGUGCUGAGACGGUAUUCAGACUCACGCGGGCGCUCGUUGUGGAUGCUGACGGGUCCCCGGUCUUCGCGACUCUGCUGAAACCACUCUUUGCUUCUCUGACCGAGCACAACAAGUGGGUACAGAUCGGAGCAGCGUCUUGCAUAUGCGCCGUAAUCCAGGGAUCUCCACCGGCUGUUCUAAACGAGAACUUGGGGCGGCUUUGUGCACGAUUGGUCCAACAUCUCAGUCUGCCGCUGGCCAUGGCACGGCCGCAGCUUCUGAGCGCCUGCAUUCACGUAAUGCAGGCUGUCAACCUCACUGACUUUGAUGAAGUGCUGCCGUCCCUGAUGCCCUGCUUGGAGAUUUGUCUGAACUCGACAUCAGAUUGGCAGACUCGGAAGCAGGCCGUGGAAGUCUUGCAAGCCAUCGGCGACCAUGCAGAGCUUGGUUCGUCGCUACAGAUCUCUACGCCUUCAAGCCCGUCAAUGCGCCCAACACCCCUGCAGAAGAAGCUUUCCGCCAUGAUGGAAGGUCUUCGAGAGGACAAGGUUCGUGCCGUGCGAGAAGCAGUGAAGGAUGUUCAGCUUCGGUGGUCGGUCACUGUAAAGGCGGCAAAAAGAGACGGCAGAGUGAAUGCUCACUCGUAUCUGCAAUGGCAUUCCUGCUGCGCAAAGAUGCAGACCUCCUGCGACAGCUCGAGACGGGUUGAGCUGUCCUUCCAGUACACGAGAAAGAUUGAAGUGAUUGAAGUGGUCCGCACCGCCACGCGGGAACGCGACAUGCGUGACCCGUUUGCGGAUGCCAAGCUGGAGGAAGACCGAGGCGUCGAUAAGCAAGAGAGGCUCCAGGAAGCUGCUGCGGAGAAGGUGGCUCGAAACAUUGCAGUCAAGAACGCACUGAGCAACGCUGACCUCAGCACCACCAAGAAACCCAGGCCGAAGCGCGAGCGUGUGUCCAUCUUCAGCCAGCCAGCAAACUCAAGUUUUUUCCAAUCGGCCAACCAGCACCCAGCGGCAAGCGACGACUUUGAAGACGUCGUCGUUGGCAUGCCUGGUAUGGCUGGGGUGGAGGACAGGCUUAUCAGUUCAGGAAGCGAGACACGAGGCUUGGCUCGCGAAGGCGAUGUGAUGGAGGAUCUGCCAGCAGUCCAGGAAUCUCCGGUGCAUGCCAAGGACGAGUCUGACCCAGGUGUGGCGGGAGCGGCCGAGUACGAUGUCGCGGUUCUGGAGCCAGCCAAGGCCCACUUCGUGGACACAGGCCCAGGCCCAGGAAACGGCGGGCAGCGGACGAACUCCGCUGAGGCCGAAACCGGGGUGGACCGUGGUCGUGAUUCGGAAGAGCACUGGCGUUGCCACAAGAGCAAGAAAGUCAAGUGCUCGGAAGCUGCUGUCGUAUGCAGAGUUGCACUUGCAGACUUCGAGCUUGGAGCAUACCCACCUGGUUUAGAUGUGAAGCCCGUGCCAGCCAUGCCAGCCAGCAACAGGUUGGAAGAAACUGAGGACGUUCCACAGCAUCACCUCACCUUGCAGAGGAUGUUCGGUCUCACCAGGCCAGUUGAUUCGGGCAUCGCAAGUGCAGGCAUUGCGAUGGCUCGUGUGAUUGUGGACUUGCAGCCGGCGUCCACAGAGGCUCCCGAGACAGAUGCAGGUCCAGCGCCUUGGUGGGAAGAUCCCUCGGGGCGCUCGGAGCAUCUUGCCUCGGCCGCACCUCCACACAGGCCUGCUGCUAGUGAUCAAGAGGAGACGACCACCCUCCUGUCACACAUCGAGGCUUUGAGCCAACGCCUCGCCGUCUUGGAGGACGAGAAGCGACGCUCCGACAGGCAAAUGACCGAAAGGCUGCAGCAGCUGGUUCGAACCUGCGAAGGCCAAGGCGAGCUUAUCGCCACUCAGCAGCAGAGGAUAGAGACGCAGGAGCAGCAGAUGCAACUCAUGGAGGAACGCAUUGCUCAGCAGGAAGACGAGUUGACGCAGAUGGACCAGCAACUCCAGGAGCAGCAGCUGCAGAUCCAGCAGCAGGAUCAGCGACUGGAACAGAACGACCAAAUGCUCAAUGAGCAUCAGCAGCAGCUCGAGCAGCAGGAGCAGGAGUUGGAGAAGCAGAUCUUGCUCACUGACGCCUUCAUCAGCACGGCAUCAUCCAGCAGCAGCGUGAAGCCCGCGAAGCAGGCCUGGACGGCAGAGGAUGCCGGGACAGGUUCUGGCAAUACCGCAAAAAGGUGGGCAGCCGAUUGGAAAGACGGAGCCGAGGCACAGCAUGGGCAUGCUGUCUCUGAGGCAGCGGCGGUUGGGGCCGGCGGCGCUCUGGCUGGCAGCAGCAGCGAGCGACCUUUAGCGCUUGGCCGUGCGAAGGUUGACGCAGGCUCAGCGACAAAGGCCUCGUCUCAGAAAGCUGGCGGACAACUCUGGGAUUCUGUGAUGGAGCUCUGUUCCGAAAGACGCUUCCUAGAGGCUUACAAGCAGGUCAUCGCUGAGCCUGAAGAAACAUGCUUGCUCCGACUCAUGAAGCACACAGGCCCGAUCGUGGAUCGACUGGAUGCUGAGAGCAACUCCAGACUGAUCCGGCGGCUCAUACACAUCCUCUCGUCACCGGCGAAGGACCCAGCAGCCACCAGUAUCGAGCAGAUCUUCUCAUGGCUGUGGCAGGCUCUGAACCAGGGCAUCCACUUCACGGCCUCGCAAGUUGAGGAUCUCGUUUCUGCUCUCCAAAAGGUCUCCUCUGCCCAGUCACCACUCAGCGGGCCUGAGAAGGCCGAAGCAGCACAGCUGCUGCAACAGGCCCGCACUGAUGCAGCUUAUGCGUAG